UUUUGGGGCACAAGCCCAAAGGUAGCGCUUUUCUACGCUGUUCGAUACUUCUGUAUAUGGCACAAAAAGUUACUUCUGCCGAAGCUGUGGAAUUUCUGCUACUCUAAUGUCCAUUCCUGUUCUUUUGGUUUCUAAUCGGCUGGAAAGGUCAAAGAAAGCCUAGAAUCUGCUUGUUGUAUUGAUCUAAGUUGGAGGAAAGGCAACAUAUUCUGAGCUACUUCUGGUUGUUUGAAUUAGUGUAUAUCUCGGCUCAUAAGAAAAGGGUUGUGCUUGCCUGUUUUGGCCUGAAGAAAGGUUUCUGAUUGUCAAGUUAAUGGCAUGUAUCUUAUCAUUGACUUUCUUUUUAGCAUCAGUCUAGUGGAAAGAAAUGGCUAACUCGCUAGUACCACAAAAAUCUAUGGUUGAGUUUCCCAAUCUGCAAGGGUCGCAUUCAGUAAUAAGCCAAAAAGACAUCAUCUCUGGCACAAACCAUUGUUUUCCAAUCAGAAAUAUUAGCUAUUCGGUCAAGUGUACUUGCAAGACUCGAUCACAUCUGCAGUGGGUCAGAUUUGUUGGUUCAAGAAGAAGUGCUUCUGAUAUUAUAUGUAGAAGCCAGCUGCUAGGGGUUUGUGUAGAUAGGGUUGCUAGUAGCGACCAAAGUAAUGAGAAAAUGGACAAUCAUGAGAUGAGUUCCUCAAAGAAGUAUCUCAAAUCUUUGAAGGUUUCCUUUGAUGGACCUCUUAUAGAGAAUGAUGAGAAAUCUAACAAUGAAAUCCUUCAAAACCUUUGUAGCUAUGGGAGAUUGCUUGAUGCAUCAAAAUUAGUUGAACUGAUGGCGCGUCGGAACCAAAUUCCGCAUUUCUCUUCCUGUAUAAACUUGAUCAGGGGUCUUGUCAAUCUUGAUCGCCUAGAUAAAGCUGUCAAGGUCCUGGAACUCAUGGUGAUGUCAGGUGGGAUUCCAGAUAUUAUUACAUAUAACAUGUUAAUUGGUGGUAUGUGUAGGAAGGGACAAUUAAAAUCUGCUCUUGAUGUCUUGGCAGACAUGAGCAUGAGUGGUUGCUGUCCAGAUGUUAUUACUUACAAUACAUUAGUACGUGCCAUGUUUGAUUGUGGUAGGUUUGAUCAGGCCAUUCAGUUUUGGAAGGAACAACUCAGAAGGGGAUGUCCUCCUUAUCUCAUUACUUAUACGGUCCUUAUCGAGCAAGUCUGCAAGUACUGUGGGGUUGUAAGAGCAAUAGAAGUAAUGGAAGAUUUAGCUGUCGAGGGAUGUUACCCGGACCUUGUUACCUACAAUUCUAUGAUAAGUUUUACUUGUAAACAAGGAAACUUUGGUGAUGCAGCUUUAGUGAUUUAUAAUCUUUUAUCACGUGGAAUGGAGCCCAAUGCUGUAACAUACAAUACUCUUCUCCAUUCUCUUUGCUCCAAUGGGCGUUGGGUUGAAGUUGAUGAAAUCCUCAUGCUCAUGAAUGAUACAUCACACCCUCCUACUUUAAUCACUUACAAUAUCCUGAUUAAUGGUUUGUGCAAGCAUGGGCUUCUUGAUCGUGCUAUAGACUUUUUGGAUCAGAUGGUUUCCAAGGACUGUUCUCCAGAUAUAAUCACAUAUAACACCCUUAUACGUGCUCUUUUCAGAGAGGAAAUGUUAGAUGAAGCUAUCCAAGUUUUAUAUUGCUUAGUCCAAACCACAACUUCUCCUAGUUUGAUUACUUUCAAUAUCAUGAUUGAUGGGUUGGCAAAGAAAGGUUUGAUGGAAAAAGCCAUGGAACUGUAUGGUCAUAUGAUAGAGCAGGGAAUUGUUCCUGAUGACAUUACAUAUCGAUGUCUGAUUUGGGGUUUCUGUAGGGCAGAUCUACUUGAAGAGGCUGUGGAACUAUUAAAGGUUAUGGGAAAUAUCAAACACAGGAUCAGAGAUAAUUGUUACAGAUUUAUUAUACACAGACUAUGUAAGAAAAAGAAAGUUGACACAGCUAUACAAGUUCUUGAAAUGAUGAUGUCAAAUAAACGCAAGCAUCAUGCUACUCUUUAUUCCAGCAUUAUUGAAGGAGUAGCUGCCACUGGUCUAAUUGAAGAAGCUGAAAUGUUGAGGCAGAAAUUGCGGGAAAGGAAGGUCCUCAGGGUAUAGAACUCUGAUUCGCUAAAGCAAGCAUAUGCCUGAUGUGGUUCAUCACUGGCAUGUUGUAUCUCAGAGUCACACUAUUCACAUCAAGUUGUCGAGGAAUUUACUCCAAAAGGGUUUUGUUAUUCUUACAAACAAUUAACGUGUCAUUUUUGCCUUGUUUUGUAAAGUGGAUGCAGCAAAUGACGACUUUUUCCUCAAACAAAGAUCGAGCACAGAAUAAAUAAAUGAAGAUCACUCAGUUCGAUUGGAUCAUGCUAAUUUUUGCGCUUAACUGGUACAGAAAAUUGGAAACAAACAUUGAACCAAAUGGAAUUUUAAAAAAAAAAAAAAAAAACAAAGUGAAAGAACCAGAUGGUUGAUUGCACAAGCAUUGAUUGGAUCUUUGAGAGCACAGCAGAUAAGGGUGCUUCUGCCUUCUGGUGCAAUCACAUUGUGCAACGCUACAACGCAAAUAUGAUCGGCAGCCAGGAUAAACAUGUUUUCACGGACUCUAUAUGUUCAGGGGUUGCCUCAAACGCGAAGAUAAAAUAAGUUGGCCUGAGCUGCAUUUUCGUGUGAAACUGACUGUAAUCUUCUAUCACUUUUCUUAAGCGCCAUCUACGAAAUGUAACACAGGAAGAUUUCCUUCAGCGUGUGCCUAGCAACAAUGGUGUUGUCAGUUCCUUCAUGGAAAAGUAAUUGGACAGAUAUCUCGCACUUAAAAAUGGUGUUAACAAUUAUUGCCUCGUGGCAGAGAGGAAGCAUACAAGAAACUAGAGGUUCUAGCUUAACGCAAUACAAGAAUUUUAUGGACGCAUUCCAAAGA